ACAACCAGUCUAUACUGCAUGGUCAGUUCGUACGUACACCGAUAUCCACAAGUUGUUAAAAUGCCGUCGGCGUCGGAGGUGCUGAAGUUGGUGGGGGUGGGUGUGGUUGGUCUCACCCUCGGCAUCGAGUGGUUGCGCUGGCUCUACCGACGCCUGAAGCCCGCUGCUCGGGUCACCGAGGUGCUCUUCUUCCCCUGCGAGUCCAGUUGUGUGGAGAGACUGUUUGCUUCAGGAGAUGCAUCCAAACAACCUUGCCCGUGUGGUAUGUCUCACAGCCUGAAGGACGACUCGUUUUCCCGGCUGCUGUUCCACCUGUUGUCGGCGCGCGUCUCCCUGGACGUGUGUGUGUUCAGCUUCUCCAACACGGAGCUGAGCCGCGCUGUGCUUCACCUGCACACCAGGGGCGUGUGCGUGCGCGUCAUCGUCGAUCGCGACUACAUGUACAUCACUGGAUCACAGAUAGGAAUGCUGCGGAAAGCAGGCGUCCCCGUGCGUCACGAGCUGAGCCGGGCGGUCCACAUGCACCACAAGUUCGCUGUGGUGGACGGGCGCCUGCUGGUCUGCGGCUCCCUCAACUGGACGAUGACGGCGGUGCAGUCCAACCAGGAGAACCUGCUGGUGACCGACGACCCGGCCGUGGUGGCGCCCUACCGCGGCCAGUUCCAGCGCCUGUGGUUGGCCAACGACCCCGCCCGUCACAAGGUGCUGCCCGUCCACGACAGCCACCAGAAGGGCAGGGCGCGGAACGGUGGACCAAUGAUGUUCAAGUGCCAUGACUGGAAGAGCGAAGAGCUCAGCCAGGAAGCUAAAGAAGGCGGGCUUUAAGGAUUUUUUUUUUUAUGUUAGUAGUUAGCUACUAUAUGGUAUUGUAAAUGUUUUAGUUUUAAUAGGAAAGGGUAUUUUUCUUUUUUUAAAAAAACAGAUUAUUAAGAUUAUUUCCACUGAUUGUAAUGAAUGUUUUGUCUAUAGUGCCUUUUCGAAACAGUAAUAAUUGGAGUUAUUACUCAGUUCAUGUUUAUCACUUGUCUUGCUGGGCUACUGACUGUGAGCAGGAUGUGUGUUAAGGUAUAGCUGAGCCAGCUGAGCCGUAACGUGUGGUGGGUGGAGAGUAAACAGACUAUGGUCCAGAGAGAGAGGGGGGGGGGGGCGGUGUCGUGUCUGGCCAGAUUUUCAUCCAGAGAGAGGGGUCUGGGAUGGGGUAUCGUGCUGCCAGAUUUAUGGUGUCCCAGCUUUGCUUGGAUAU